AUGUCAUCGGUUUUGCCUGGAUUUGGAGGUCAGCUGGUACUGGGACAAAGGUAUCCCUUAGUGUUUACAGUGGUCUGCAGAGGUUCCAAAGGAAUGAAGCACAUUGUUUACACCAGUGACCGACCCGGGUUUAAGCUGUGGAUUGAAGGGGAUCUCCCGAAUGGCAGGGUUCUGACUGGUAUUGGCUUUAGGGCGACCUGCAUAUCCCCUCCAACAUUGGUUGUUGACCAUGACACCUGGGUUCAUGCAUUGCCAGACUGCACUGUUGAGGCCACUGAACAGGUGAUUGAAGUGUGUGCGGGCCUGGGGGGUUUCUCCAAGGAAGCUGCCAGAGCUGGACUUACGGUGCUCUGUGGUGUUGACAUGAACAAAGCAUGGGGUCCUCUGUUUGCGGCUUUUCAUUCGGGGGCUCCUUUGGUUGUUGGUGACCUGGGUGAAGUCUCUGUUGCGCCCACUUUGGCGUCCAAAGGGGGGUUCUUUGCUACCAUGUUGGCAGGAGUGGCUUGUCAACCACACUCCCAAUUGGGGGAUCGAAAGGGGAUGGCUGACGACCGUUCAGCAUCUUUGCCUCGUGCAUUGAGCCUGGCAUGGACUUUGCAAUGCACCAUAGUGGUGUUGGAAUGUGUGCCAGAGAUUCAAGGUGAUGUUGAGGUGCAACAGUUGCUGCGUCAGUUUGCACUGACCACUGGUUACCGUAUCUCUCAACAAGUGAUCAGCCUUCAGAACGGUUGGUGUACCAGGCGUGCCAGAUGGUUCUGUGUUCUUACUGCACCGCUGCUGGAUCUGUGUGAACUUCAGGACUUUCCAGUCAAUGAUCAAUUUCGCCGGGUGAGAGAUGUUAUGCCUGGCAUCAGAAAUUGGCCGGACACAGAUCAUGCUCAGAUUGACUUGAACCUGUAUGAGCUUUCAAAGUUCUAUGCGUAUGCUGCAGGUGGCAUUGACAGCUUGUUUUUGUGUCCGGAUGAAGCAUGUCCCACUUUGUUGCACUCGGCAGGAAACCAGUUGUAUGCAUGUGCGUGUGGGUGCCGUGGUCCUUUGUCUGAACAACGUCUCAAAGCCAGGGGUUUGUUUGGUGUCCUGAUCCCGCUUGAAACAACACAGGUACACAUGAACCAAGUGAUGCAGCACUGCCGGUACUUGCAUCCCCAGGAAAUGUGGGCACUGAUGGGUGGAAUUCCAGGGGAAGAUGUUGGCCACAAUCUGAGGUUGGCGAUGGCAGGUAUUGGCCAAGCUGUGUCUCCCAUGAUUGGUCUUUGGGUUCUCUGUCAAAUCAAGCGUCACAUGGAUGUUUUCUAUGGUAACUCACCAGUCUGUGCUCCUGAGCAGGUCCUGAAAGGGUACAUGCAUGAACUAGUGCAAACAUGUCGAAGAUGGUGGCCUGAACCCAUUCCACCAACGGUGCCAGUCACUGCAGAGCCAGAAGAUCCCAUUGAAGAGGUGUUGCCCCCACUGAGUGUCCGCAUCAGGUGGUUGACUGAGAAUACAACACCAAUUGAAAUUGCGUGUGCAGCAGGUACCACCGGUCAGCAGUUGCUGGAGGCUGAACAGAUUUUGACAGGCACUGCAGCAGAACUUGUACUUUGGUCGAGUGCUCAGCCUUUGGAUUUGACUAGCCCCCUGGUGCAUGAUGCAGAAAUUGGAAUUGCCCCCAAGGGUUUUGCCGUUGGUCCGGUUUCUGAACCUACUGUCCCUUGUUGCUUGUCUCCGAUGGAUGUCUUGGCUCACUGUCAUGAAGAACCAGGUAGGGAUUGGACUGUCUAUGCGGUGUCCUCGUUCACCCAGCUGGCCACCCGUAGAAAUUCCCAGAUGCCAAAAAUUGAACGUGAGGCCAUUUUAAGUCUCCAAGGGCCAGUUUGGGGUGAUGAUGAAUUGUUGGCAGGACUGCAUGACAUUGCAAGCCAGACUGACCGGGACCAGUUUGUUCAGGUUUGGGAUCCUUUGCUCAUCACUGGGUUGACUGUGUCUUCCGAUGGGCCUACGUGGAAUCAGCUCUGUGCGGCCCUAGGGUCGGUUGCAACUGUCAUUACGGCCACCAUGAUUGACAGCCAUUGGUACCCACUUGUCUGGCGGAUGGAUCAUGACGUUGUCAUGUUGUUCACAUGUGGGGUGGUUCCGGCUCAUGUUGCUACCUUUGAGGGCUUGGCCACCAGCGUUGGCGACCGUCGGGGGGUUGCAGGGUUGUGGAACAAUAAACUGGUGCCUUUUGUCCAAGGGGGUCACUGUGGAGCGCUGGUUUUGCUUUUCACCCGUCACCUGUUGUGGGGAGAUGCUUUCCCUGGAUCGAUGUUGCAAGUGGAAGAACAAGCGUGUGACUUGCGGCGUGCCUUUGUGGCCGGGUUGGGUGAGAGUUGUCUGCGACCUCAGUUGGCAGCACUUGGACUUUCUGUUGUGGACCAGUUGGCCGCUGUCCUCAGUGAACAUGGAGUGGAUUCCAGUGAAGCCUUGUCCAGAGCCAAGGAUGUCAUCCAUCACCUGGGUGAGGAAGCGGUAGGUGCAGCCAUGCAGGUUACAAAUGUGUGGAGGGAGCUCAAAUGGCUUGCCAAUCAACAGAGACCACCACUUGUCCUGAUCAAGCCGUCAGAGUUGCAGCGUUCCAUUGAAAGGCGGGGAGGUACCUAUCAGGUUGGCAAUAAAAGGCAGAAAAAGACCAAAGGGCAGGGAAAGGGCCGAUCAAUGCAACACCGAUUGGACCCAUCCUUGUUGCGCCUGGAGCAUGGACUUUUCCAGGAUUCACAGGGACAAGCAUUGUCUCAAAUUGCUUUGGCUGGUAUUGGACCUCAGGUGUCAGGGGUUGUGUUGCUGAGCCAAGUCAUGGCAGAGCCAUACCUCAAAGCCAACAACUGUAUGUCCGCUGGAGCUCUUGGAUUGUUUGUGGUUGACAGCACUGUGCCGGUUACCACCACGUUGGAAGUCACUUCUGUCCGCCUUCCUUUGUUGUGCACAGCCAAUGCGGAGCCAUUGUUGGUUGAUGGACUUCUCUACCAACUUGGAGCUCAGAGGGUCACCAGAGCACCCCCCAAGGGUGGGUGUGAGAUUCAAGCGGUUGCCACGUGUGUUGUCAAAGCCAUGGUUUAUAGGGAUCUGACCGAUGAUUCCUGGAGUCAAGUUUGCGCCCAUCCAAUGAAGCACAUUUUCAGCAAGGUCAGCCCCUUGCAGCAAUGCGAGGAUGAUGAAUGCCCAGGUUGUGAAGCAUGGCACCAAACCUUACAAUGUCCUGUCCAGUCGCCGGUCUUGGAAGCAUGGGGUAAGCAGUGGAUGAAACUGAAUUUUCAGUAUUGUCCGUCUGACCAAGCUGAGAUUUUUGGCGUUCACUUGAGGCUCCCAGAGGUGCUUCAGCAGCAGGUCCAAGCUUUCAGUGGCUUUGCAGGGGUCUUUUUGGAACCCAGAUCGCUGGACGGUAAGAAACCUUCAGACCAAUUUCAGGUCAUUUGGAUGCCAAAGUCUGAUGUGACACAGCUGAUGAUGCUGCGCCAGUCGUUGUCUGCUGUCUGUGGUUUGGCUCGUAUGGGCAACAAGUUGGGUCUGCGAUGUCGAGUUGGCGAUGCAGCACAGGUGUAUGCCAAGGUGAAGCCAGGGCAAAUCUACCUGCCGUCAGAUAGCAAGUCAUCUUAUUUGGUGGGUCCUUUUCCUUUUGGCACACUGAAAGCUUCAGUUGCACAUGCACUGGCAACUUGCGGAUGGGUGGCCAGGCCUGUCCAGCCAGUGGGUACUCAUGAUCAUGUCCAGGGUUUGAUGUUUCGAGUUCAUGCGGUUGAUGUGCCACCGUCAAAGGUCCUUCAAAUGCAGCAUGGUGAUGUGGUGGUCACCCAGGAGAGUGCACCACCGAGCAGCUUGCCAGUGGUGCCCAAGGUGCUUGCCUCAGCCGCAACAGUUGCCAUGGUCACCAAGGAGAGUGAGGUUGAUCAGUUGCAAAUCAAUGACCCGUGGGCAGCUUCCAAAGUGGCCAAGCCUGGUCCAGUGCCCGUGCAGAUAGGCAAUCCCAUUGAGGACAUGGAGCAACGAGUGGUUGCAGCAGUCCUUGCUCAGAUGCCAUCCAAAAACAUGGAGGUUGACCCGGAUUCUGAUCAGCAGGAUCGUGUGGUGAAGCUGGAACAACAAAUGCAAGGGUUGCAACAGCACACACAGCAGCUUGGGCUCACCAUGCAACAGCAACACACUGAGCACACGAAGCAGAUCCAGGAAGUACACCACCAAAUGCAGCAGCAGCACCAGCAUUUUGAUGCGGCCAUCCAGGCCCAGGCAGGCCAAAUCCAGGGUUUCCAAGACAGCUUUCAAGAGCAAUUUAGGCAGCAGGUAGUGCACCAGCAGUCUAUGCUGGACAGCAUGUUCCAGAAGCAGAUGACUCAGUUCGAAAGCCUGCUGUCGAAGCGUGCAAGGUGCUUGGCCUUUUGGAUUGCCGGCCACUCUCGGUGGAGCUUGUGGAUUUUUGCGGGGGAGGAUCAUGCCCAGCUGGGAUUUGCAGAGGGUAGCCAUGCAGGUGCUAACAGCAGUGAGCAGAGGUCAGUGAGCUCAGACUUGCAUUGGCUUCAGAAAGGUGAUGACCAGAAGGGUACCGGGUCGUGGUUUUUGACAUUUUGUCACAUUUUUGCAAUUUUGUGGUCCUUGGUCUUCUCGGCCUACUCGGGUUGUCAGGUCAGCUUGAGGAGUUGCUUGGAUUGGCCAGGGGCAGGUGUCACCAAGAAAGCACUGCCAGGUCACAGGUACCAGACAGAGACUUACCUGGCUGAACUGGUUGAAAGGGUGGGUUUCCAAGCCACGGGUCCCCGCAUCAUCUGCGGGGAUUUUAACUAUGCAACACAUGAGCUCAGCCAAUUGCAAAGGCUGCAUGAGUGUGGCUUUAGGGAGGCACAGGACCUUUGGGCUUGGAGACAUGGAGUGUCAGUCAGCUCCACAGGUCUGGGCGCAACCCAUGCCUUUUCCAUGGCCACAACAAUGGACUUGAGGUUGCAGGCUUUGACGCAACUACUGGCCAAGGGUUUAGACACAUGGCAUGCAAGAGCUAAUGCGCAAGACACAUGGCGGGCCAUCCGCACUGCAGUAGGUUUUCCGGGGGGUUUUGUGGUUUGGUGGGAGCAGCAUGGACUUGGACUUGGACUCGCUGCACCUGCUACCCCCGAGUUGCCUUACUUUUUGCCUUCCUAUGAGUUUGUCUUGCGUAUGUUUGAGGGUUUCCACAGUUUUGUCAAGCAAUAUGAAGCUCAACUUGCACAGAAACGUUACCACUAUGGAAAGCAACGCAGAAUGGCUGACAUGAAUGUGGUUUUUCAAGACUGCAAAGCUGAGCCGCCUCCAGUUGUCGAUACCUUGAUUGACAGGGUUGAAGUGGGGAUUGAAGAAGUACGUCCUGAAGACUGCUCCUUGGUCUUGUGUCGUCCAACAGUUUUGUUGCCAGGGUUGCCAGUGGUGGUCCAAGGGCAUGCAAGGGAGGUGAUCGCUCAUGAGCAUGACCAGGUUUGGUUGGAGUCGGUGGAUGGACUUGAAGCCGGGCAGGUCAUGACUCAAGAGCAUGUCGUCAUGACAGAUGAAGCUAUCCUGCAGCGCUUCAAACAAGCAUGGGAGCCACGUUGGAAUAAGCAUGCACACGUUGUUCCAGGGCAGUGGGAUCAAAUCUGUGGCUUCAUGGAGAGAGUUCUUCCUUGCGUGCAAUGGCCUCAGUUUUCCUGGACUCCUGAACUUUUUGCUGAGUUGGUGAACCAAAAACGGGUUAGAGCGGCAAAGGGGCCCGAUGGAGUGUCACAGCCAGAUCUAGCCAGUUUGCCCCAAGCUGGCCAGCAGGCCAUGGUAGGCGUUUAUGAAGCAGUGGAAGGAGGAGCGUUUUGGCCCUCUCAGGUUGCAUGUGGGUUUGUAGCCAGUCUUGCCAAGUCAGCCAAUGCGCAAACGGUAGAUGAGUAUAGGCCAGUUACAGUGUAUAGCUUGCUCUAUAGAGUUUGGUCAUCGGCCCGAGCCAAAGAAGCUUUGCAGGUCCUGUCUGGUUUGGUUCCCCAAAGUGUCCAAGGUGGUCUUCCAGCUCGUCAAGCCAGAUCUGUCUGGUACUCAACCGCCCAGUUUUUGGAAUCAGCUCUGAUUGAUCGCUUGCCCCUCCACGGAAUUUUGAUGGACAUUCGGAAGUGUUUCAAUGCGAUACCCAGAUAUCCUCUCUGGUGUGCACUUCGGGUCCUGGGUUUUCCCACGGGGGUCUUGCGUGCGUGGGUGGCUUUUGUGUCUGGUCAAACACGCCGAUUCAAGGCACGGCGAUCCACAGGGGAGCCAAUCGCCUCAGUGUGCGGGCUGCCUGAAGGGUGUGCACUUUCGGUGUUUGGCAUGGUUAUCAUAGAUUGGGUUCUGGAUUUGUGGUUGCAGGCUGCCCAGCCUGGCAUUGGUCUGCAUGCUUUCAUAGAUGAUUGGGGGGUUCUCUUUCCGUUCCAAGAGCAGUUCCAUGGGGUGUGGCAAGCCGUAUUGGAUUUUACAACGGCUCUGGAUUUGGAAUUGGACUUUCAUAAGACAAAGGUAUGGAGCACACAGACCACAGCAAGGCAAGCUUUUCGGCAACAGAGUCUCCAGGUCACUCUUGCGGCAAGGACUGGGGUCAUGCGAGCCAUCCAGGCAGAACGGAAAGGGGCCAAUCCAGUGUUGCAUUUGGCAACCACCAAGUUGGAAACAGAUCCAGAAGCAUGGACGGUUUUGCAGACAUUGCGUGAUGCUCGGGAACUUGGGGGGUUUGAAAAGGUGGAUGCCAUGCUGGCGUUGUUUGCUGCCAAGGACUCAGACAUGGACUUGCCUUCCAAUGGGCCCACAGCUGUCCUCAUGGCUCGGCUGAACAGACUUGGGUGGGCGGUAGCCACAAAUGGUUUGGUGCAAGAUCGGUAUGGGGUCUUCAGUUUGACACAACUUGGAUGGGAUGAGUUGGCUCUGCGGGUUCGCUUGUCAUGGGGGCAUGUCUUAGGUUCUGAGGUUGCACACCGGGACUCCUUCCAAGGCAUUGAGAUGGCUGACUUGCAAGCAGUGCAAUCCAUGCUGGAACGUUUUGGCACAGCAGACCAGGUAUACUUGCGAUGUCACCUGGAUGGGACCCUUUACACUCAGAAUGGCAGGGCUCAUUUUCAGGCUGAUGCUGAUGGUUUGUGCCCUUGGUGCGGUCAUAAGGUGCAGCUGAUCAAGGUGGUUUCACACUGUAGCCUCAAUGAGGCAAAGAGGUUGGGCGAUUGGGUCGCUUUGCUGCCCAGUGCGGGAGCUGAACAAGAUGUUCACCGAGAAGCCACGGCCUUAGAAGACGGUCCGGGCAAAGUGAGCACCCUUGGACUCGGAGUCUUUCAGGCGCGCGCUGAGCGUCUCUUUCCAGACGUAGAGGCGAAUCCGCCUGUGUUAGCAGGAGAAAUGGCCACCUCAGCUCCCAUCGUGGGGAAGUACUCGUCCAGCCCGAGCUGCCGUGUGCCGGCCCGGAUUUUCCCAGAGCAGAUGCAGGGAGUGGAUGAUCCAUCUGCUUCAACAGAGGAAAACGAACUCUGGCGCACCUCUGUGAAGCUCUUGAUUGAGACGUUGGAUCCUCUAUGGCCUGAAGCUGAGGAUCGCGUGCGUGCGGUGAUGAUGGCAGAAUUUGAUGCAGAGCAGAGGCGCGAUGAUCGCGUGGGCAACGUGCGGAAACGAGUGUUGAAACAGAUGGUCUUAGCCAAUGAAGGCAUGAGGACGGAGGCAUCUUUUGUGCUCAGCAAUCAUGCCAAACUGGAUGACUUGGCCUCAGACCCACAGCUGGUGGCAGAAACACGAAGGAGUGGACAUAAAAUCACUUCCGCUUCGAGUCUGGGUGGCUACGGCAAUGCUGGAGGCUGGGGCAUCGUGCGCUGCAUCGAUGAUGACUUGGACGAGUUGUUGAGGCGUCAUGGCAUCACCGAGCAUCGCGCAGCGGACUUGCUCGAGGAUGGAGUACCCCUUUGGCAUCUGGUUGUGGAAGAGAUGACCAGCGGCGAUGCCAAGAAAGGUCUCACCACACGGAUUUUGCUCGGAGGCUUUGUGGAGUUAUUGGAGGACUUUUGGGAUUUGAUUGUGGAACCCAUGCAAGAUGAAGACUUCACGGUGGAGGAUUUAGACAUUGCGGUAAACCAGUUGGAACCUUUGCUCAAGCUCGUCUAUGAUAGUGCAAAGGCGGAUAGUAAGUGGAAAGGACAAAUGGCCUACCAUCAACUUGCGCCCCAUAAGCGCUUGAGAAAAACCCUGCUGACCACUGCAUGUGACUCUCCAGAUGAUCGGCACACUUUGGUGGAGGGGUUACUGCGCUACACACAGGAAGAACUGCAGAACCCCCGCGAUCCGCGGCGCUUGCAGCUUCGAGACGAUGGACGAAAUUGUCAUCUGCAUCUGCCCGAGAGGACUGGGCUCCCCACAGUGGCGAUGGCAAGAACUGCUUUGAGACAAGGAGAAAGUUUCGUGGUUAGGGUUUUGCAGUUUGGGAAUUCAGGUCGCAUUGGAGUGGGCGUGUUGCCGCCAGUCCGCCGUAACCAGGCAUCCUUUGCAUGUCUGCCAGGGGAAGUCUCUCAGAGUGUCGGCUUGGACCUGAAGAGACUUGAGAUUCUGCGAUCCCCUUGUGAUGAACAGGAUCGAAAAAAUGAUGGACGUUGCAACAGGGAUGACUUUGACACGGUGAUUGCUGGAUACUUUGAGGGCCAAAGGCGUGGCUGGGAUGAACGGGACCAAGACAUGCCAUCCUUUGAGGGCCGAAGGCGUGGCUGGGAUGAGCAGGACCAAGACGUGCCAUCCUUUGAGGGCCGAAGGCGUGGCUGGGAUGAGCAGGACCAAGACGUGCCAUCCUUUGAGGGCCGAAGGCGUGGCUGGGAUGAACGGGAUCGAGACAUGCCAUCCUUUGAGGGCAGAAGGCGUGGCUGGGAUGAACGGGACCAAGACAUGCCAUCCUUUGAGGGCCGAAGGCGUGGCUGGGAUGAACGGGAUCGAGACAUGCCAUCCUUUGAGGGCAGAAGGCGUGGCUGGGAUGAACGGGACCAAGACAUGCCAUCCUUUGAGGGCCGAAGGCGUGGCUGGGAUGAGCGGGACCAAGAUAUGCCAUCCUUUGAGGGCAGAAGGCGUGGCUGGGAUGAACGGGAUCGAGACAUGCCAUCCUUUGAGGGCAGAAGGCGUGGCUGGGAUGAACGGGACCAAGACAUGCCAUCCUUUGAGGGCCGAAGGCGUGGCUGGGAUGAACGGGAUCGAGACAUGCCUCGAAGUCGCGACAGGGAUGAAAUUGACCCAGUGAUUGCUGGAUCCUUUGAGAGCCGAAGGCGUGGCUGGGAUGAACAGGACCAAGACAUGCCUAGAAGUCGCGACAGGGAUGACAUUGACCCAGUGAUUGCUGGAUCCUUUGAGGGCCGAAGGCGUGGCCGGGAUGAACGGGAUCAAGUUAUGCCUUCAGGUCAUGGCAAGGUUGAAAUGGAGGUUGUGAUCACACGAUCACGUGAUGGUUGCAGCUUGAUUUUCGAGGGCAGAGACUUUGGAAGCUUGGAUUCUGAGAAGAUUUAG